GUGCAUGGGUGUGUUUCCGUGGGGAGGGUCUUACACCACAUCGAAUAACUUCCCCCCCCGAAGUCACCGACGCAGCGUAGGAAACAACAAACGGGGGAGAAUUCAUCUGAAGUGGACGAGAAAACCUGCAGGUCAGCCAAUUAAACUAACGGUAGCGUUGAUCAAACGCAAGAUGGAGCUGCGUCCACUCGUCAUGUGCUUUGCUCUCUGUGUGGUUUAUGCCACCAGCAAACCCACAGAGAAGAAGGAACGUGUUCACCACGACGAACCCCUCAGCAACAGAGAGCACGAUGACGCAGAUAAUUUCGACUACGACCAUGAAGCCUUUCUGGGUCAAGACGAGGCCAAGACCUUCGACCAGCUGACACCCGAGGAGAGCAAGGAGCGGCUCGGCAUGCUGGUUGAACGUAUAGAUGACGAUAAGGACGGCUAUGUGACGGUCGAGGAGAUGAAGAAGUGGAUCAAGCACGCUCAGAAGAGGUGGAUCUACGAUGACGUGGAUCGACAGUGGAAAAGUCACGAUCUCAAUGGGGAUAAUCUGGUGUCCUGGGAAGAGUACAAGAACGCCACAUAUGGAUACAUCCUAGACGACCCCGACCCAGACGAUGGCUUCAGCUACAGGCAGAUGAUGGCCCGUGAUGAGAGGAGGUUCAAAAUGGCAGACCAAGACAAGGACUUAAAAGCCAACAAGGAGGAGUUCACAGCCUUCCUUCACCCCGAGGAGUACGACCACAUGAAAGACAUCGUCGUGCUGGAGACUAUGGAAGACAUUGACAAGAAUGGAGACGGUUUGAUAGAUUUAAACGAAUACAUCGGUGACAUGUACAAUCAGGAGGGAGACGCCACAGAACCCGAGUGGGUAAAGACAGAGAGGGAACAGUUUACUGAGUUCAGAGACAAAAACAAAGACGGGAAAAUGGACAAGGAGGAAACCAGAGACUGGAUCCUGCCCAGUGACUACGACCAUGCUGAUGCUGAGGCCAAGCAUCUGGUCUACGAGUCAGACACAGACCAAGAUGGCCGUCUCACCAAAGCAGAAAUUGUGGACAAGUACGACCUGUUCGUGGGCAGCCAGGCUACUGACUUUGGAGAGGCUCUGACUCGACACGACGAGUUCUAACAGCCGCCCGCUCCAAAGACUCUGUGCUCGUCUUGCGAAACACCUUACUGCUUUGACAGUGGAUGAAAUAUUCCAAGCAAGAUGAGUCACUUCUAAUCCAACGCCACAGACAAUAAUUUAUUUGAUAUUUUUUGAGCGUGUCCCAUUGUACACAAGAUAACUCUCAGUAAACGUGAACAUGCUCGACCAGUACGCCCUCGUGCUCACGUGUGUAAGAGUGGAACAUAUUGCCAUCCUUUGCUCACACUACUCUUGCCUUUUUAUCUGGUAAGGAUAAACAGUGUUAAGAUUACAUUUAUUUUCCUCUGAAAGGAGGGUGUUAUGAAAUAGCCAUGUUUUGUUCCAAAACCAUAAUAGAACAAGUUAAGGCAGUACGCAGAUUCAUUUAUCUCACCAUUUCUUUUUGUGAUGCACAGGACUGCAAAGAGUAAACCUGAUUCCCAAGGCAUUAAAAUGUCCCCUACUCCAACCCAACCCAAACAUUAGUUGCUGAUUUAAUUGUACUCUGUUGUCUUUUUUAAGAGAAAAAAAAAGUGGUUUUGCUGGAUUGUGGAAUGUUUGGAAUGAGGAGUAAGUAUUAAAGUCCAGUGACAAUGAAGACUAUUCAGACUAGUGCAAUACAGUGUCAUUUGUGGGACCACACUAAUUUGCUUAUCCGGUCCAAAAAAAGCGUCCAAGUUACAGUUGAGUUGAAGGAAUCGAGAUGAAUUUAGAGACUGAUGGAUGCAAUAUCCUUCUCAUCACCCAAUAGUGCGUGUCUGUGAACACAUCACUUGUUGAGUGGUUUUCUAUUUUGGAAGUAAUUCUUAAAUAUUUGUUGGAUUUUCCUGAAUUUGUCCUGUUUUUUGAGCAGUUUUUCCUUCACUUUUCCUCCUAAAUUUGUUAUACUUGUUAUAUCACUUCCACCAUUUAUAACCACUGUUGAUGAUUUUUUACAGUAUACUGUUAUGUAUAAGAUAUUGUUUUUUUACAACAAGGCUCACUGCAGCAACAACCCUUUGACUUGUGACUUUACUGUAAAUAAGUUGUUGGUCUGCAAACAGAGCACUCUAACAAUCAGCUCCAGUUUUUUUGUGAUUGAGAACAUCUCAAUAAAAAAACAAAUACAUUG